CUGCGGGUCACUUGAAACUGGUUAUCGGCUCUGUCUGUGUUUGUCUCUGCAGUGCGUCUUCUUCUUGGAUGGUCUCCACCGAGCGAGGGGUUUGAGUAAGAUUGCAGCUGGUCGUUUCGAACUCUUUUACCUACGGUGUGGGUGUUCGGAGCGCAGUGCAUGUGUUCGGUAGAAGAAAAGCUGUCAUUCGGGCUAUGACGUUUGCUGACGUGAAGACUACGAAUCAUUUCUGACGUAGUUGUCCCGCACGUAGUGGCGUUACGUUUCUUGCCUAAGACCCCCCACGGACUGCGUGAGAAGCAGCUGAAGCCUGUCCACCCUUCCCUUCUCUGUUGUUUUUCCUGUGACCGGGCUUCUCAGAAACCAUUAUGAAUAAUCUGUCUUUCAGCGAGUUGUGUUGCCUUUUCUGUUGCCCUCCAUGCCCAGGGAAGAUUGCUUCCAAGCUUGCCUUUUUACCUCCUGAUCCAACGUACACCCUUAUAUGUGAUGAGAGUGGCAGUCGCUGGACUCUUCAUCUCUCAGAACGAGCAGAUUGGCAGUACUCUUCUCGGGAAAAAGAUGCAAUUGAAUGUUGCAUGACAAGAACAAGUCGAGGAAACCGCAUUGCCUGCAUGUUUGUGCGUUGUUCUCCCAGUGCCAAAUAUACACUGCUGUUUUCUCAUGGCAAUGCUGUUGACCUGGGUCAAAUGAGCAGCUUUUACAUAGGCCUGGGCUCUCGGAUUAAUUGCAACAUUUUUUCUUACGAUUAUUCUGGAUAUGGGUCAAGUUCGGGGAAACCAUCAGAGAAGAAUUUAUAUGCUGAUAUUGAUGCUGCUUGGAUUGCUCUUCGAACAAGGUAUGGAGUUCGUCCAGAACAUGUCAUUAUAUAUGGACAGAGCAUAGGGACUGUGCCAUCUGUGGAUCUUGCUGCUCGCUAUGAAAGUGCUGCUGUUAUUCUACACUCUCCUCUUACCUCAGGGAUGCGGGUAGCUUUCCCCGACACCAAGAAAACCUAUUGUUUUGAUGCAUUCCCAAACAUUGACAAAAUCUCGAAGAUCACUUCCCCCGUUCUGAUCAUACACGGCACAGAAGAUGAAGUCAUAGACUUUUCUCAUGGUUUGGCGCUAUUCGAGCGUUGCCAGAGGCCAGUGGAACCACUAUGGGUAGAAGGUGCUGGACACAAUGAUGUGGAACUUUAUGGACAAUACCUGGAGAGAUUAAAACAGUUUGUUACACAAGAGCUAGUAAACUUGUAAACUACUUUGUAAAAAAAAAA